AUGUUGCAUUCAUUUCUGUGCUUUCGUUUAAAUAUGUUUUUUUUUUUUGCAUUUUUAUCUUCUACUCUUUGCAGGUACUGCGUUAUGAUGGGUGAGGAGAAUGGCCUGCAAAAUCUGAGCGAACACAUCACAUCCAAGGAUCCGUGCGCUGACUUUUCAUUGCCCGGUGCUUCCUCAUCGAGUUUCUUGCCAACCCGUCGAAAGAGGCGACAUGGUCGAUCCAGUAAAACACAAAGAAGCGAUACGGCACAGCACGAUAAAGAGGAUGGUUGCGUCAUACGGAUGGAUGAGUUCGAUCAUUUUGGCUUGUCAAUUGCCGAUUACAUUCGAGGAAUUGCGAAACUCGACGAAAAGGCAGCUGUAUGGAUAAGAGGUGAAAUAUGGACACUGUUGACGAAAUGCCGCAUGAAAACACUGGAGGGAUGUGGCGGAAAUGGAGCCGGAUAA